UGUACUUUCUCACACUUUCUCGCAAGGGUUUCCAGUUUUCUCUGAUUUUCUCGUUUUGUUUCCACCCAAACAGCGCCUUCAGCUGAACCUUUCAGAAAUUUGGAUUUUCUCUCUUCCAAACAAAACCCUAAAUUUGGUCUCAACAAUGGCUACGACUUCGAAUGCCCCUCACGACUCAGGUAGUGCAAAUGGAAAAGAGGUUACAAUGAACAAGUCUGGGAAAGAAGAUGCUAUGGCUUUGAAUUCAGAGAUCCAAUGUGCAAAUACUGAGGCGGAAUCACGGGUGGAAUCGAUGUGGGAGCAAAUGAAUAAGGGAAUACCUAAGAAUGCUCUGAGACAAUUUUCGAGCAGUAAUACUUCAGCCACACCCACACAUAAAGUUUCACAAAAACCUUCAAACAAUUGGAUGAACUAUCUGCAAAUGAAACCGGCAUCGCCUGCGGGAUAUCAAGAAAGAAAGACAGAGGCAAAGGCUUCGAGCGAGACCAAAGAAAAUGUUGCCGAAAAUAAGGAUAAAGCGCUAAAGGAAACUACUGUAGUCCAGAACAAUAUCAGUGAAGAGGCAAAGAAGAUUGCAGCUGCUUCCCUCUCAGCAGUGAAAGAUGCGGCUGCCGCUGCAGCAGCUGCCUCAAAUAGAGGGAAAAUCGAGAUAACUGAGGUUCGAGACUUUGCUGGUCAAGAUAUUGAAAUUAAAAAACGAAUCCAUGCCGAUUCAAAAGAGGCAGCUGAAAAGGCAAAAACUACACGUUCUGCAGUUGAUGCCAUUCUUGAACAAAUCAAGAAGAAGCAAAAGCUCAGUGUGCUUGACAAUACGAAAAAAGAUUGGGGAGAAUUCAAGGAAGAAAAUCAGGGGAUGGAGGAGGAACUGGAUGCAUAUAAGAAGAGUUCUAACCAGUAUUUGGAUAAGGUUUCUUUCUUGCAGAGGACUGACUAUCGCGAAUUUGAGAGGGAGAGAGAUGCUAGGCUUGCUCUACAGGCUAGGAGGAGACCGGAAAUGCGGGAGGACCCUUGAAUGCGUACAUCCUUAAGUUUCUUUUUCUUGGUCCACCAUGCCGAAAGCUACUGUUGGAAAGACUCAGAGUUGUUGAGAACUGAACAGGGGCCUUUUAUUCCCAUGAUUAGUAUGGAAACCUAGAGCAAAGACAUUUCUGAGUGAAUAUUUUCCUAGUGAAUGUUUUCUAGUUCCCUCUUCUUUCCCCCCAUCGAAUCAUGUUUGUUAUUGCACAGCUGUUUGGUUGAAGCGUAGACAUCACCUGUACCUUUGGUUUCUGUUAAGAAAGAAUAUAUCCUGUACCCCGGUGUAAAACGACAUCAUAUUGGUUCUUUUU